AUCAAGGCCAGCUUUGCCGGCCACGUUAAACAAAAAUACAAACAAAGUUAGUCCCGAGCGACGCCUCUGUGGAGCCAGACGAACGAGUUUCGGCGAUCCAAUCCUACACAAAAACAACGCGGGAUGAAAGCCAGCAUUUUCACCCUGCUGCUCGUCCUUGGGCCGACUUUGGGAAAAGAUCUCUGCAAAAAAGAAUUAAGGACGAAAGUGCAGGGCACAGUUUUACUAAAGAAUGGAACAAUUUUGACUGGCGACGGUGACAAUUAUCCUGAGGGCACGUUUUGGAAAGCCGAAGAAGAAGGGUACUGGUGGGUCUGUCCUUGCCUCUUGGGAAACUGCAUCAGAAUUUGCGACAAAGAUUUUGCGGAGGAAGAAAUUGAAUUUUUUAGUGAAUAUGGGCCCAUCUCGCACUUUCUGUGGAAUGAAAUUAUUGAGAAAGACACGCCGCCGGUAGAGAGCUUCAAACAAAUACGCCACGCAGAAUGUGAUGCUGUUUCCGACAUUUUAAAAAAAGAAGAAGUCAGGAUUUUAGCGAACGGCAAGAUGAGAUUGGAAAACAAAAGCAAGCUUUAUGAUGCCGAGGACUACUGCGUUCACCAAAUGGAAGGAAAAAACUCGAUACAUCUAGUGCACUGCCUAGCUAAUCGAAAAAAGGAAUUUAAGGAAGAACAGCCGAUUACAAUGUCUCCAUCGGAGAUAUUUCACCUUAUUUACACGCUUCUCUCGCUACUGAGCUCAAUUUUGUUGAUCUUGACCGUUGUGGCGUACACCCUCAGCCCGCAAAUUGAAUCGUUUCACAGAAAAAGCGUGAUUUUCUACGCAGCAAAUCAGGCAGCGACUCUCUUCACCUUGGCUUUCCACAGCUAUUUUCUCGGCGAAAUUCCGGGAAGGACUACGACACUCUGCUUUUUAUUUGGAUACAUCCCCAUGUAUUCGUCUCUCGCCUCAAUGUUUUGGCUCAACUCUUUAUGCAUCGACCUUUUCUUCGCUUACAAAGGGGUUAUUCGCAAGGGAAGCGACUACUUUGCAAAGUUUGUUGCAUAUUCGACUGGCUUACCAAUUCUAAUAGUGGCCGUGGCUCUAAUUUUCAAUCUGAUCAACGAUGAGGACUCCAUUUUCAACCCGAAUAUUGGAGAUGGAAUAUGCUGGAUAAACGGCUUAGAGGCCAAGUGGAUUUACAACAUUGUACCGAGCUUGAUUUUGCUUGUGGCCAACGUCGGCUUAUUGUCUGCAACUUGCGUAAGAGGGGAGCCGGUCCGCACCACGGAGGAAACCGACCAGACGGUGCCGCAGGAAAAGGAACGGCGCAGAACGUAUUUAAUACUGACCAUCUUGGAGGGUUGCACGUUCAUCGAUGAAGCCGUCCCGAACUUUUAUGACGGUGCCUACUUUAUCUUGAUCAUGAUGAGUUUGUUCAUUGCUUCGCUGGGAGUUUUAAUUUUUUUGCUCCUUGUGUGUGCUGACAGGUAUGUGAGGAAAAGCUUGAGCAGCCGAUUUUGUAAAGGCCAGCGUGCUCAAAUAAUCUAAUUAACUUCUUGAGAAUUAUAAGACAGCUUGACUGUUUUUAAAAGUUGAUUUUUCAAUAAAUUUUUACUUUUCAA